AUGUCAAAAAUCACUUAUAGCAUCUUCGGAUCUUCCCUUGUUGAAGUGUACACCGGUAUGAGUAUGUACAAACUUUUACUUGCCCUGGCUACUCUACAAUUAACUUGCCUCCCAACAUGCAGCCUGAAUUUAUUUUAUCAUGCAUAUUUUGAAGGCCCAUCUUGCCCAGCAUACCACACGAUACACACAAUGAUUUGCCUCCCAGGAGACCAGAUUGAUUUCCCUAAGCAGGACCUCACACUCGGCCCCGGAUUUCUCGACGAUCCUCUAGCCGCAGACCCCAUCCCUAUCGUUGCAGGUGAGGUGCAUCGAACCGAUCCCGAAGACAAGAAGACUAAAAAUCAGAACCUCGUUUACAUCGACAGUGACACUCGGCGGUACAUUCCUGCCGUCAACGACAAUGUCAUCGGUACUGUGACCACUCGACACGCUGAGGGAUACAAAGUGUCUGUUUCUGACCUCUCUCCGGGUGUCCAGCUUAACGCCAUGGCCUUCCCCAACGCCUCCAAGAAGAACAGAGUCAACCUGGCUAACGAUGCACUCGUCUACGCGCGAGUGUCUUCUGCAUCUCGAGAAGUCGAAGCUGAGAUCGAGUGUAUUGAUCCUCAGUCCGGCAAGGCCGGCGGGUACGGUGAACUUAAGGAUGGUUUCUGCUUCGACGCACCGAUAGCAUUUACUCGACAGUUGCUUUUCAAAGGACACACCGUGCUCGAUACCAUUGGAGAGCUGGUUCCCUUUGAGAUUGCCAUUGGAGUCAACGGAAAGAUCUGGGUCAAGAGCGAAGACGUUCCCACCACCCUCAAGAUCUACCAGUGCAUCGACAAGUGCCGGGAAUGGCCUGAAGACCAGGUCCGGGAGAAUGUGGAGCAGAUUAUGAGCGCACCAUAG